ACAGACUAAAUGAACAUCUCUGGAUCAGAACCCCAUUCUGAGUCUGUGAGUGAAUUCAUCCUUCUGGGUCUCUCCUGCAGCAGGGAGAUUCAGGUCCUCCUGUUUAUGUUGUUCUCCAUCAUCUACCUCCUGACUCUCUUGGGAAAUGGAGCCAUCAUCUGUGCUGUGUGUUGGAACCAGCAUCUCUGCACCCCCAUGUACAUUUUGCUGGGGAAUUUUACAUUCCUGGAGAUCUGGUAUGUCAACUCCACUGUUCCAAACACACUGGUCAACUUCCUCUCAGAGACUAAGUCCAUCUCUUUCACAGGCUGCUUCCUCCAAUUAUAUUUUUUCUUUUCCAUGGGCUCCACUGAGUGCUUCUUUCUCUCAGCAAUGGCCUUUGAUCGCUACUUUGCCAUCUGUCAUCCUCUGCAUUAUGCCACAAUUAUGAAGGGACAAUGUUGCUUCAACCUAGUGAUUUCCUGUUGGGUGUGUGGUUUCCUGUGGUAUCUGGUGCCUCUUAUUCUCAUCUCCCAACUGCCUUUCUGUGGCUCUAAUGAAAUUGACCACUUUGUAUGUGACUCAGGCCCACUGCUGACCCUUUCGUGUGUUCCUGCCCCUAUGACUAAGCUUGCCAGCUACACCUUAAGCUCCUUUGUCAUCCUCCUUAGCUUUCUUUUCAUCCUCAUCUCCUAUGUCUUGGUUCUACUUGCUGUGAUUCAGUUGCCCUCAGCGUGCAGUCAGCACAAGGCCUUUUCAACCUGCGGGUCUCAUCUGUCUGUGUUGCUGCUGUUCUACAGGACCAUUAUGGUGAUGCAUGUGAGCCCUGGAUCCAGCCAUUCUACCUUGAUGCCAAAGAUCAUGACUCUGUUCUGUGCAAUGGUGACUCCACUCUUCAACACUUUGAUUUACAGUCUCAGGAAUAAGGAAAUGAAAAAUGCUCUCUGGAAAGUUCUGGAAAAGUUUAAAAUGUCUUUAAAAAGUCUUUGGCAGUAUAUCCUUGAGGAAUGUGGAAUAAUCUAG